AUGCAGGAACUAGACCACACCAGCGCAAACAUCCCCAGCACUUUCAACUGGUACAAAUCAGUGUGGUCGGUAUCUACUGCUCCAAAGAUACAGCUCUUCAUAUGGAAAGCCAUCAAUGGGGCUUUACCCACUGGGGAAAAUCUUCAGAAGAGAGGGAUGAUGCAGAAUACUCUAUGCGUACACUGUCGUCUCACAGAAACUACAGAGCAUCUCCUCCUCCACUGCCCUUUUGCAAGACAGGUAUGGAACCUAGUACCGCUCGCAUCUCCUAUAGACCCCGAUGAUUUCCCGUACCUCAUAUCAGCUGUCAGCAGCAACAUCGUGGCUCUGCCUACCGCCCUGUGGUGUCUCAGAAAUCAGCUUGUGUUUGAAGAGCGCCCUGCAUCUGCGGAAACUACGGCUUUAAAGGCCUUGAUGGGUGCUCGGGAAUGGACACAAGCUCAGGAGCCUCCCUCGAAAGCAACGAAGAACACUCAGAUUCAAGGAAGACCUGAAUCGAUUCCGACCGGAACAGUCGCAUGCAACACCAAUGCGGCCUGGAAGAAGGAAUCCUCUAAUGCAGGUCUCGCUUGGAUUUUCGACUCUUCUACUGCGCGGAUCGCCUCAGAUGGAUGCAAGUUUCAACCCCAAGUUUCAUCGGUUCUUAUGGCUGAAGGUUUUGCGGUGAGGGAAGCUCUCUCGCACGCCCUACACAUCGGCAUCUCCAAAAUCUGGCUUUGA